AUGGCGACUUCUCAACCUUUGCAAUCUGAGCGAUAUCCGGCUGAUCAGUAUGAUAAUUCGUACUAUCUUCAUCACAAUGAUCAUGCUGGAUUGGUUCUUGUUACAGAUCGCUUGAAUACCCCUUCUGAAUUUCAUUCUUGGCGACAAUCGGUUCGUAUGGCAUUGAAUGUGCGCAACAAGCUAGGAUUCAUCAACGGUACGGUUCUUAAACCUGCAUCUACUCAUAGAGAUUAUGGUGCGUGGUCACGUUGCAAUGAUAUGGUGGCAACUUGGUUGAUGAAUUCUGUUUCCAAGAAGAUAGGGCAGAGUUUAUUGUUUAUCAAUACUGCUGAAGGAAUUUGGAAUAUUCUCUUAGCUAGAUUUAAGCAAGAAGAUGCGCCUAGAGUCUUUGAUAUAGAGCAGAAGUUGAGUAAGCUUGAGCAAGGUUCAAUGGAUUUUUCCACCUAUUAUACGGAGCUUGUGACAUUGUGGGAGGAGCACAAAAACUAUGUUGAUUUACCAGUGUGUACAUGCGGAAAAUGUGAUGCAGCAGCUCUUUGGGAGAAGUUACAAGAACGUAGCAGAGUGACUAAGUUCUUGAUGGGACUUGCUAAAUCUUAUGAGUAA